AUGGAUAAGCCGGCAUCCCCAACUGAUAACCGAAAGGGUGGGUGGGUGUUAUGGGAUCUUGGGUGGCCAUUUUCCUCUCCUCGUCAACCUGUCGCAAACAUUCAUCACCUUUCAUCAACACUCACCCAAGAAGUAUCACCGACUCUCUUAAGCCGAGAAGCACGGAGAAGUCGAUCGGGCUGCAAAGAAUGCCGAAGAAGGCGCGUCAAAUGCGACGAGACAUUUCCCGUGUGUGUCCGCUGCCAGAAACGCGGUUCCUUCUGCCAAUCUCCCCCCAGAUUGACAAAGUGGCAGCACGAGGCGCCCUGGAUCAAGCUUGGCUCCUCCCCAGCUCCCACUGAGCAGCUCGUUAUCGAGUCAAAGUCUGAUGACAAGGCGCUACUACGAUACUGGCUUGAGAGAGCCAGCCAAAUCAUGGCCAUCGACCCUGAUGAGAACCCGCUCUCGUUCCCCAUACUUGAAUACGUCGAGCGAUGUCCCAGCCUCAAGCAUGCCCUACAGAGCGUUGGUGCUGGACACAGACAUUACUUUGAUCCCGACAAGCUCUCUAAAUGCCUGGAAGAGAGAAGCUCAGCCCUUCGCUUGAUCAUACAGGAUCUGUCUUGCCCUGGCGACAACCUGUUCCCUCUCUUCUUGAGCGUGCUGCUGGUCGGCCUCUCCACGGCCUGGACCAACGCCCCCACAGCCGAGUUUGGCCAGCAGCAUCUACGUGGAGCGCGAGCUCUUACAGAUAUCCUGCUAUCCGAUGCAUCGAGUCGAGAAACGCGACCGCCGUACUUCAACUUCGUCCUCGGGGCAUAUCUGUAUUGGGAUAUGGCCAUGGCCUUCCUCAUCCCAGUCGACGAGCAGGUAUCUCUCAACACUGACGAGAUGUACACUGCGCUGCUGGAUGUGGGCCAAGAAUACCAUCCUUUCGGGGGUUACUCGACCGAGAUUUUCUACCUGCUGGGCAAUGUAGGACGCUAUUGUCGGUCGGUUGUCGAGAAGGGUGUUCGCGAUGAGUCGGUCGAGGUUGCGCUGCAGGAGGAGAUGGAGAAAUGGGAGCCGAAUCGAGAGAAUGCCCAGCUCGGUCUUAUAAGCGAUGCCUUUAGGUCUCAUGGGUUGAUUAACCUGCAAGCCAUCUGCUAUCGGCAGGAUGAGGAAAUGUGGCAAAACCUGACAACAAGCUCAAUCGACGACGACCUGGAGGAUAGAAUAAGGAAUCGGGCUCUGGAGGUGGUGCGCAACCUCAUCUCGAUCCCCUCCAGCCACGGUUGCACCAACCUUCAGGCCAUCCCGCUCUUCACUGCAGGCUCUGAACUGACCAAGGAAGACAUAAAAGAGAGAGAAUUGGUGUUGCAGAGGUUUAAGGAGGUGUAUUCGCUGAACCAUCUGCGGGCGAAUUUGACGGCGCUUGAGAUGCUCCCAGAGAUUUGGAAACGCAAGGAUGGAGGCGAGACCAUCACCUGGUUAGAAGUGAUGAUUGAGAAGGGUUGGAACAUCAUGUUGGGGUAA